UUUUUUAUUGUUAAAUACAGAUGAAAGCUUCGGCUCUGACGUAGAAAACGAGGAUACUUCCGCGCACACUUGUCAUUCCCACUUCAAAGCAUGUGGGAGGGACAGCUCCGUUUCAUGUGGAGUACAGAGACACCAGAGAUCCUGUUCUGUGGAGGAAUGCUCUGAGGAGUCCGCCGGUCCCGCUUACUGUGAGCAAAGUUCCUCUGCAACAGAGGAGCAACAGAGACACAUGGAUUCAGAUGAGAAACCUAAGCUUUCGUGUAUUCGCGGAAACGGGCCGGGACAUGUGUCUGUGCAUCAGUGCAAUAACGCAGGAGAGAAACCUUUCUCCUGCGCAGUACGUGAGACGACCCCCGGUCACAAAAGGAACGCGAAAGUCUGCGAGAGAGGGGAGGAGGGUUACGCUCAAGACCAGAAUCUUGACGGAAAACAAAGCACAUCUUUGUCAACAGAAGCAGAAGGACAUCAGACCAAAAUAUCAGCACCUUACCAAACAGAUUCACCUGAACGUAAACCCUUAAUGUCACAUGGACUCAAGAUGGCAUCUGCAAACUUAGAGGACCAAACGCUCCAUCUGACUGUCAGGCUGCAAGCGGGGGAAGAGGAGGAAGAGGAGGAACAAGACGAAGAAAUCGGUGGUUUAAUCAACUCUGAUGGCGAAGUGGUGGAGUGGGAUAGCAGAGACAGUCCUGACAGAGGCUCUGAAAGCACAGAAGGUCCCAACCCAAGCAAGGGUGUCGUCCUGUCAGAGUCUCAGCUGCAAGGCCAAAACCAGAGAGACAGCAGUAGUCCAACACUCAUCAUGGAAGUUGUGUCUGUGGGGGAAGAUGAAGAAAGGGAUGAAGGGGAGGAUAAAGAGAGAGUAGUGAAGAUGACAGCUGUUUCGCCAGUAAAUCGUGGAAAGAGACGCAGAAGGAAGAAAAAGGCUCCCGAGGUAACGGUGGUAUCGCCGGACGUCCCAGAUGAAGAUAAAGAAGGUCCUGCAAAACGUGUCAAAAGAAGGAGCAGAAGAAAGAUUUCAGAAACUCCACAGUUGCCAAGUGAAGAUUUGGAGGCAGAGCCAGGAAUAUCAAGGCGCACCAGAAGAAAGAGAACGUUCCCUACAACGGUGGAAACAGAAGAAUUAAACUCAAAAAGUCUCCGUCGUGCGGCGGCAAAGAGACUUUACAGAAAAAGAAAAGACGCCAAACUAUCUUCUGAAGGAGGCGAAAGUACAGGGAAGAAGCGUCCCGGCAGAAAGAUGGUUCACGUACCGAUAGAAAUACCUCCUGAGCUCCUGAAGAAGCCCAAAGAGAAGAUAGACUACCACUGCUCAGUGUGUGGCAAAGAGUUCCCUCAUGCCUACAAACUAGAGAGACACGAGCUGAUCCACACAGGAGAGAAACCUUACUGCUGCUCCAUCUGUGGUCGCGGUUUCAACCAGAAGGGAAACCUCAAAACACACUACAAAGUCCACUUAGGUCGAAAGGGUGCUGUGGAUUUUGACGACGAGGUGAAUCCCAUAGCGUCAGAACUCUCUGAAUACUUGAAGUCUCUGCCGGGGGAGUCGAGGAUCAGGUCGUCCCUUCAUUGCCUGGAGUGCGGAAAGGACUGUGAGAGUCAGUCAGCUCUACAAGCACACCACAUCACCACACACACAGCCGCUGAAUCGGAAACGGUCGAGCACAGCGCAACGCAGCUUCUCUUCUGCCGCCGCUGUGGCAUUCAGUUCACCGAGAAAGAGAAGCUGGAAGAACACAUGAAAACCCAUGUGAAGGAGAAGCCCUACUCGUGCCCCGACUGCGGCAAAAAGUUCAUCAACGAAAGCUACAUACAGAUCCACCAGCGCAUCCACACCGGGGAGAAACCUUUCCUCUGUUCCCAGUGCGGAAGAGGCUUCCACACCGCUUCCUCUCUCAAGCUGCACGAGAUGCAGCACUCCGAGGAGAGGCCGUUCGCCUGCUCCAUCUGCGGGAAGAAGUUUCGGAUAAACUCGUACCUAACAGCACAUUACCAGACCCACAUUAAAGACAGACCUUUCAUUUGUUGCGUCUGUGGGAAAGGCUACUCCAGAGCCGAGGAACUGAAGGUGCACCACAGGCUGCACACCGGGGAGAGACCCUACGAGUGCGGAGAAUGCGGGAAGAGUUUCAUUUAUCGCCAGGGUCUGCGACAGCAUCAGCGCACACACGCCGGAAGGCGCAUCGGGCCGACCAGACAGCUCGGUAGACCGAAGCAACAGGCCAGGCUGGACAUCUAGCUCUGUUGAUGCGUCGUUUUUUUUUUUUUGUUGUUAACUGUGUCUGAAAAUAUUACAGUAAAUUGAGCUUCUCUUUUGCUCUCCUUCCUUCAAUUCCUCAGCAGAGACAGUUACUGUCUGAAAAUACAGUUUGCGCUACAGUCAGUGUGGGUUGCCAAGAAUAAUUUGGAAGCUUACUGUGUUGUCUGUCUUGUAUUCAUGUUUUGUACCCAUGUUUUUAUGUUUACUAUUCUCUAGUAGCCCAUCUGUACAAUUUGAGUGCCUUUGUAUCCUGCAUGCCAAAUACUAGUACUUAAUGUUAAAAAAAUUAUGCACAAUAUCCUUAUUAUUUUAAAGUCCAUGUUGAUGGAAUACAGACUUUUUUCAGAAA